AUGGCUUCUACCUCAGAGUACGUCUCCCUUCCGGCAGAGCACAUCGAUCUCAUCCUCGCUGACAGACUCCAGCUUGGUCAGUUCAUCCAAGUCCGCCGCCUCAAGCCUGCCUCCCCCGUCCCCGUCCUCUGUGGCCUCCAGAUCCUCCCAGGUCGCCACCCUUUCCAGCAAGGCACCGCCGACCUCCUCACCACCGACCCGGCUACCUGUUCAAGCUUGGAUCCUGGUGACCUUUUCACUCCAAGUUCCACCCCUCCUCUUCCACCGCAUCCUCUGCCAGAUAGGAAGAAGCAGCAGCGCUCGGUGAGUGCUUCGAGAAUGGGGGGGAGGAAGAGUGGUGAAAUUGGCCCGCGGUCCAGGUCCAUUCCCACUUCGCCGGAGAAUGGAAGGGUGAAGAGGAGGGAGCUGGAGAGGAAGAGCUCCGAUGUUUUGAGCGAGCUGAAGAAGAUCAGUGUAAUUUGUGUGGACGAGGAUAGCUCCGAUUCUGAUGAAUCGACGCUCUCUUGCACCUCCUCAUCUUCGUAUUCUUCUUCAUCUUGCGUUUUGAGGCCAAAAAUGAUGAGAAAAGGCUGGGAGGCCCCAAGAAAGAUCAAAGAGAGGAGGCCUGACACAAGGCCUCUAUCCCGGAGUCGGAGUGCUAAUUGUUCAAGUUCCCUCUUUUUCAUCUCAGAAUACUUACAAGUUUUCAUAUUCCAUUCCGAUUAUCCGUUAUCGGUUUCUCCUGAUAGACCAACUCCAUCUCAUUCAAAGAUAUUCAGAGAUGACACUUCAGAUAACCUACUGACAAGCAAAAGAGAUACUGAAAGAGCUUUUAAAGUGCUAUGUGGUACUGCAAAGAAGAAGCCGACUGGUGUCUCGAGCAAAUCUUGCAUGGAAAGCUCAUACACCACAAUUUCUUCCAGUCGAUUCAAUGAUAUAAGGUGGCCGGAGAGCACCGUGGUAUGGGCAUCACUUCCAUCAACCUUAGUGAAGCAUGGAAAGGACAUCUUGAGGCAAAGAGAUUUGGCACUGCAUGCUGCUGUGGAUGCAUUGCAAGAGGCAUGUGCUUCAGAACGACUGAUUCAAUGCUUGAGCAUGUAUUCAGAAUUACAGUCUGACAAGGAGGGUGAUCCGCAGUACGUAGUUGAUAAGUUCUUGAAUUUUCAUCAAGACCUUACCCAGGCUAGAUUGAUCAUUCAAUCAUUAACCAGACUGAGCUCAUCAAGAACAUGUGGUCAUAACUCAGCCAGUUCAGCUUCUAUCAAAGCAGGAGCUAAAGUGGUGUCGGAGAAAAGAAGAUACGCAGUUUCAUGGGUCAAGGCAGCUUUGGAGUCAGAUCUUUCACAAUUUCCAACUGAAAUGAGGGAAUCAUCUGAACUAGUAGAGGAUUCCAUGACACAUGGAAGGCUUCUAAGUAUCAAGAAGAGAAACAAUACUUUGCACAAGUGGAGCAAUCUGUUGAUGGCUGCUGACUCGGCAAAUAUAUUGCAGUCUGAAAGCAAUAGAUGGUUCUUAAAAUAUAUUGACAAGUUUCUAGAUGUUGUUGAGAGUGAAAGUGGUUAUACUGCAUGCGAGUCUCAGGUUGCCAGCUUACUUUGCCAGUUGAAAAGAGUUGAUGACUGGUUAAACACAAUUACAAACAAAGAGAGGGCCUGGCCAAGUGAUCGAAACAAAGACGGCAUGCUAUCAGAGGAAGAAGAUGCUGAAGCAUGUGAAAGAGUGAGGAAGAAGAUAUACAGCAUCCUUCUAAGCCAUGUAUCAAGUGUAGCCUUUGCUCUGGAGAGCAUGAGUGCAACUGAUGAGGACAAAUAGCAAGGGUAAACUAAUUGAGGGUAAGGUAUCAAGGUCCAAGUAACAAAUAAGUUUGGUGUAACUCGGCUAUCUAGGUGUUUGCUAGUAUCUUUUGUAUACUUUACAAGCAUUAAAGUUAACAAUGUUCACCUCUGGCUAAAAAAUUCCUGCCUCCUAAACUAAAUUGUAUAUUUUUGUUGGGAAGCCUUGAGUUCCAAUAACAUCAAGAAUGAAAGGUAUCAAUUUGC